AUGAUUGCAGGUCGUCUGCAUUGGCGGGAGACAAAUGUGAAGAUCCCGGGCAAACGCGGUAUUGCUGCCUUUGACUUUCCCCAUGGCUCUCUGCUGCUCACAGAAUCCGGCUCAAAAAAGCGGGCUUCUUUGCAUGUCGUUCAGGGUACAGCUGCUCUGGACACACUCCAUCGUGGCGUCCUUGAAAUCCUGAAAGCCACACUUGCCGAGUUCACAACCGCACUGACACGACAAAACCGCACACUCAAGCGGGUUCUGACCGAUCCUUCUGUUUUCAGCGGUAUUGGAAAUGCCUAUUCCGACGAGAUCCUGCAUCGCGCUCGGCUUUCCCCGCUUGCCUUCACUCAGAAACUGCCCCCCGAGCAAGUCAAGCAACUCUACGAUGCCACCCAAAACACACUCAAUCACUGGCUGCAGCGAUUGCGUGAGAGACACAAGGGACGCUUUCCGGAGAAAGUCACUGCCUUCCAGGACGGCAUGGCCGUGCAUGGCCGCUUCCGGCAACCUUGCCCGGACUGUGGUUCACCCGUGCAGCGUAUCCGCUAUGCAUCCAAUGAAACCAAUUACUGUGCAACAUGCCAGACUGCCGGCCGCUUGCUGGCAGACCGUUCCCUGUCCCGCUUGCUCCGCUCGGACUGGCCUCGCAGCCUUGAGGAGUUGUCAAACCUCUGA